AUGACAGAAAAUGGCGAGAAGGAGAACGAACCGCAUCACUGGGACCUGCAGUACUCACCGGGUUCCGGUCCGAUCCAGCCCGAGUCCAAGAUCCAGAAACUGAAGCGCUCCCUUUCAUUCAAGUCAGUAAUGCGGAGUAAAAGUGUCGAGAACUUCUUCCAGCAGUCAAAAUUUGAGACCCUGCCCCCUGACAGUAUCAUCACUACUGAGGCUCCAUCCUCCAUCACUGAGUCUGCCUUUUGUGACUGCUCUUUGACCCUUGACAGGUCCCCAUCCAUCAGUCCGAACCCGUCUCUCUCUUCACGGUCACCUUCAUCAAGCCCAUCCCUGUCAAUUAACUCCAACACUCCUCCCCCUCCUCAGCUGCGCCAACAGAAAAUGCACUAUUUCUUGGAAUAUGUGUUUCGCCGGCCCACUGUCUGCCAGCAGUGCAAGCAAUUGAUAGCAGGGAACUCGAAGCAGGGUCUGCGCUGCAAGAUGUGUAAACUAGCAGCCCAUCUGUGGUGCUCAUCUGAACUUUCACAGCAGGUGUGCAAUGGAAAGUCAGGAGUGUUCAAGCGGAACAUCAGCUCUCCACUGCUCACUAACGAGCUGUUUACAAUUGUUAAGGAAGCCCCGCCCACUCAAGAACAGGGAAAGGGUGCAGUGGACCCUGUGUAUGAAGCCCUGCGAUACGGAACGUCUCUUGCACAAAUGAGCCGAUCGACUUUCAAUAGCAUUUCAGAGUCGCCAUGUCAUCAGAGUGAAGAAGGACAGGAGAAGCUGGACAGUGAAUCUGUUGCUGAAGAAGAGUGUGUUCCUGAAUCUGAGGUGGUGUCUCUGGCUGAGAGUGAGAAGAGUGAGACGGAUGACAAGCUCAGUUUACAGCCCCCCAGGCACAUUGAACUUCGCGCCAUUCACACCUAUGUGGUGUUGUACAAGUUCCUGCCUCAGGAAAAAAAUGACCUUGAGCUUCAGCCGGGUGAUCGUAUUCAGGUAAUCGAUGACUCAAACGAGGACUGGUGGAAGGGAAAGAGUCGAGACAAAAUCGGAUUUUUUCCUGCUAACUUUGUGCAGCGGGUGCGUCCUGGAGAACGAGUAUGGAAGGUCACUCAGGGUUUCCAUGGCAACCGUGAGAAAGGUCAAAUGGCUGUAAAAGAAUUACAGAUAUGCAUUGGGAAAGCAGAGGAAAUAGAUGGCUUUUUCAAGCUGACCAGUGGUAAGAAGAGAGGACUCGUACCUUCAAAGUUUGUAGUGGAGAUAUGA